UUGCCUGUAACAUAAUACCAGUAAUAGGGACAGAGCCUUGAUUUCAGGCGUAUUCGGCAGCUCACUGGGACGACUCUAUCAAAAGGAUGGGCGGCGCAGGAGAAAUGAAUGAAGGCGAAUGACUUUGCAAAAACUAGUUAACAUAUCAGCAGCAAUACAGAGAAGGUGCGCGUUCAGAAGGUGCGCAGGCUACAUAGCCUGGGGAUAAAUAGCGUUCCUAACUGUUUUGCGUGGAGAUGCAUUCGCCGUCAACAAGAACAUCAUGAAGAAGGUGACAUACGGCGUUAAUCUUUAUGUCGAGUUUACAUUCCUACACUGUCCAAGAUGACACAAUGACAUGGCGUUCACAGCAAUGGUUGCGAGAUUUGUAGUCGCAUAAGCUAAUUUCAAAGAAUCACAUCAUCGCCGACCGCAUUGUGGAGGGCUGGCCUAUUUUUACGGCAGGGCGCGGGUGAAAAAUACAGUAGGCCUAGUAGUAGCAGGCUAAUUGAAGCUGACCAGUUAAGCCCCUCGGAAUACCGUGGCGAUUUUAUAUUUAAUGUAUUGCCCAUUUAACGCAAACGAAAUGAUGAAUUCGAUUGCUCUUGCUGAGGGUUCGCAAUCUCCGGGUGCCGCUGGGGUCCCCGUUGGAACGCCAGCUUCAGGUACUAGCGCUAGGGUGUCUAGUGCUCUACGGAACGAUUUGGGUUCCAAUAUUCAUGCCUUGAAAACACUUAACCUGCGAUUUCGAUGUUUCCUAGCUAAAGUUCAUGAAUUGGAGCGUAGAAACACGUUGUUAGAAAAUCAACUACAGCAAGCAUUAGAGCAAUCCCGCUACAGAGCCUACUUUAGCCGUGAACAAACAACCCAAACGAGCUCUUUGGACCUGUCUCUGGCUGGGUACCAGCCACGGGUAAGCCCACCAGGUACGAUAUGGAACUUUACCCACACGAGGUUUGGGGACCGACUCGAGACUAGGCUCCACAGCCCCGGGGUGUCAUGGAUGCAGGCGGAUGGUGUUGAUGUUGGAGUUCAAGUCGAUACCGUCACCCCUGAACUGCGAGCCCUGUACAAUGUGUUGGCUAAAAUCAAGAGAGAUAGAGACGAAUACAGAAAAAAAUGGGAGGAGGAGCUGUCUAAGCGCCAGCAGAUGGAGGCCAUGGUGGAGACACUUCAGGAGAGUGCCCAGGAGUCUGAGGUGGUUCAGGGGGAGCUUACUGACAAGGUGGAGAGACUCAAGACAGAGCUGGGGGUCUUCAAGAGCCUCAUGACCGAUAAUAAACACCCAACCAACUUUAAAUUGUGCGGACUGGUUGAACUUGCUGAAAUGUCAGAAUUGGACACCGCGAUCCAGGAGAAGGCCAUGAAGGUGGACAUGGAUAUCUGCAGACGCAUUGACAUCACGGCCAAACUAUGUGAUGUGGCCCAUCAACGCAACUCUGAAGACAUGAGCAAGAUGUUCAACAUGAGUCCACACAUGAGCCCCUCCAGAGCAACCCCAGAGAGCAAGGGGGCUGGUGCUGCGUCGUGCAGGAAGAAAGAGCGUAAGGCUGUGUGUGAGGAGAGAAGUCCUGAGAUGGAAGCUGAGUCUGGUGGGGGAGAGGAGGAUGAAGCGGAGCACGUCGUAGGAUCACUCAACAUCACAGACGAGAUGAAACGCAUGCUCAACCAGUUAACUUGCAUAGAUGAUAAUUCCUUUGUCACCAGGAGGGAGACGUUUGACUUUGAUGACGACUGUGACAGCCUGGCUUGGGAGGAGAAUGGGGAGACACUGCUCCUCUGGGAGGACUUCGCCAACUACAACACCCCCUGUGCUGCAGCCAGCACUACUGCAGGUGCCUGUGCUGCAGGUGCCUGUGCUGCAGCAGAAGGACAAGGGGAAGGCCCUGGGCAGGCCUCUCAAGAUGGCAGUCUGGGCAGCCUGAUCGACGAGACUGAGAUGCUUUUCCAGAACCGAGAGAAGGAGUACCAGGAGACCAUGGGGCAAAUAGAGUAUGAGUUGGCUACAGCUAAGAGUGAUAUGAACCGUCACCUACAGGAGUACAUGGAGAUGUGUUCUAUGAAGAGAGGCCUGGAUGUGCAGAUGGAGACCUGCAGAAGACUCAUUAAGGGUUCAGGGAGCAACGGCAGGAAAUCUCCAUCAUUCAGCUCGGUGGCGAGCAGCGACUCAGGGAACAGUGAUGAGAUCCAGGAGGAGCUGGAGAAGGACGGAGAGGCAGUAGGAGGGGUCAGCUGAUAACUGAACCCUGACCCUUGACCCUCCGGCCCCUCCCUCCACCACCUGAUCCUGCAGAGAUGAUGGAAGAAAUGCUGUGAUCCUCCUCUCCUUCAGCAGGUUUCCAAUUGAUCUAGGAGGAGUCCUGUGGACAAUGUAAACUAUUGGUGCUUCACCGUUUAUUACCCAUACAGGGAUGAACUUGUAUUCCUCAACAAGGUGCAGUGUUGGUUCUUCCUCACUGCUUCUCACUGUCCUAUCACUGACUAAAGUACUCACCCCCACUCAAUACAUAUCUCCACACACACUCAACUUACUGUACACCUAUGGUCAUUUAACUGUGUAUUCACCCCAGUAUUCAUCCUAAUCAAGUUAAGAUACAGAAAUCCGGACAUAUUCAGCCAUUAGGGGGUCUAUCAAAGUGGUCCAUAUGAUAUAUUUCAGAGUAAGCGUUGGCAGGGAAAUUGCAUUUGAUGUACUAAAGAGGUCAGUCUUCACACACUGAAGUCAGUUUCGGAUGCACUCUGAGAUUGCCUGCCCGGAGUGCCUUUGCAGGUACUGUAAAGUCAGUAAAUGUGUCCCAGUUCCCCCAUAUCUGGACACAGCCAUCACAUGAGGGGUAAAACUGAGUUGAAGUACUGUACUAUGCAAUAAGCAAGCCUUAUUUUUCUGGAAUAACCUUCAUUACUUUGCUGAUUUGUCUAUUAAUCUGACAGCCUAGAGGACUUGGGGCCAGAUAUAUGAAGCAUUUGCAUUAAUGAAAAUGUCCACCUAUCAUUUUCAGAAGGCAAUCAAAAGAAAACAGACCUAAAUACAAAGCUAAAAGCUAAACCACAACACUGUCUUAAUUUACUUUUCUGUUUAUUCUCUUGUUCUUUCUCUUAAUGUCUCUUUACCAUUUAAAAAGAAAAUCUCUCUAAAACGAACAGGUGAAACCAUUGUACCAGUUCCAACUGUACAUCUGGCCUCAACAUGGUGUCACUCACUAUUUUCAGAGGGUAAAUAUGAACAAACAUGGUCAUUUAAAUGAUACCCAUGUGCCUACUGAUACACAAGCCUGGUCCCCGAUCUGUUUGUGCUCUUUAGCCAACUCCAAUGGUUGGUUUGGCAUGAUAACAACCAUAGGAGUUGGCAGAACAGCUAAAACAGAUCUGGGACCAGGCUACUGAUAUGUACGCUGGACUCAGAAUUAAUAUGAAUUGCCUUAUUACGUUUGUUCUAUUUUUGUUAAAUGCUACUUUAGCAUGAACAUUUAUAAUUUAUGAUACACACAGCCUGUUAUGGAUGUUUGUUUAGAUUUAAUUGUUUGUAUGCUCUCCAAAAAAAAUGUAAAAGAGCAAUUUUGAAUCAUAAAGGAUAAUCCCAUUUUAAUUGUUGAUGAUUUUUGACAUUCGUAAUUGAAUAUACAGUGCCGUGUGAAAGUAUUCGGCCCCCUUGAACUUUGCCACCUUUUGCCACAUUUCGGGCUUCAAACAUAAAGAUAUAAAACUGUAUUUUUUUGUGAAGAAUCAACAAGUGGGACACAAUCAUGAAGUGGAAUGACAUUUAUUGGAUAUUUCAAACUUUUUUAACAAAUCAAAAACUGAAAAAUUGGGCGUGCAAAAUUAUUCAGCCCCUUUACUUUCAGUGCAGCAAACUCUCUCCAGAAGUUCAGUGAGGAUCUCUGAAUGAUCCAAUGUUGACCUAAAUGACUAAUGAUGAUAAAUACAAUCCACCUGUGUGUAAUCAAGUCUCCGUAUAAAUGCACCUGCACUGUGAUAGUCUCAGAGGUCCGUUAAAAGCGCAGAGAGCAUCAUGAAGAACAAGGAACACACCAGGCAGGUCAUGGGAUACUGUUGUGAAGAAGUUUAAAGCCGGAUUUGGAUACAAAAAGAUUUCCCAAGCUUUAAACAUCCCAAGGAGCACUGUGCAAGCGAUAAUAUUGAAAUGGAAGGAGUAUCAGACCACUGCAAAUCUACCAAGACCUGGCCGUCCCAGUCUCUGAAGACUGAUCAGAGAUGCAGCCAAGAGGCCCAUGAUCACUCUGGAUGAACUGCAGAGAUCUACAGCUGAGGUGGGAGACUCUGUCCAUAGGACAACAAUCAGUCGUAUAUUGCACAAAUCUGGCCUUUAUGGAAGAGUGGCAAGAAGAAAGCCAUUUCUUAAAGAUAUCCAUAAAAAGUGUUGUUUAAAGUUUGCCACAAGCCACCUGGGAGACACACCAAACAUGUGGAAGAAGAUGCUCUGGUCAGAUGAAACCAAAAUUGAACUUUUUUGGCAACAAUGCAAAACGUUAUGUUUGGCGUAAAAGCAACACCCUGAACACACCAUCCCCACUGUCAAACAUGGUGGUGGCAGCAUCAUGGUUUGGGCCUGCUUUUCUUCAGCAGGGACAGGGAAGAUGGUUAAAAUUGAUGGGAAGAUGGAUGGAGCCAAAUACAGGACCAUUCUGGAAGAAAACCUGAUGGAGUCUGCAAAGACCUGAGACUGGGACGGAGAUUUGUCUUCCAACAAGACAAUGAUCCAAAAGAUAAAGCAAAAUCUACAAUGGAAUGGUUCAAAAAUAAACAUAUCCAGGUGUUAGAAUGGCCAAGUCAAAGUCCAGACCUGAAUCCAAUCGAGAAUCUGUGGAAAGAACUGAAAACUGCUGUUCACAAAUGCUCUCCAUCCAACCUCACUGAGCUCGAGCUGUUUUUCAAGGAGGAAUGGGAAAAAAUGUCAGUCUCGAUGUGCAAAACUGAUAGAGACAUACCCCAAGCGACUUACAACUGUAAUCGCAGCAAAAGGUGGCGCUACAAAGUAUUAACUUAAGGAGGCUGAAUCAUUUUGCACGCCCAAUUUUUCAGUUUUUGAUUUGUUAAAAAAGUUUGAAAUAUCCAAUAAAUGUCGUUCCACUUCAUGAUUGUGUCCCACUUGUUGUUGGUUCUUCACAAAAAAAAUACAGUUUUAUAUCUUUAUGUUUGAAGCCUGAAAUGUGGCAAAAGGUCGCAAAGUUCAAGGGGGCCGAAUACUUUCGCAAGGCACUGUACUGUAUCUGUUAGUUUAUUUGGGAACAAUCAUGGCUGGCAGGGAUUUGCUGGCUGCAAGUGUCGUAUUUGUAUUUUAUGUGCAAAAUGCAGCUGAAUUCUGAUGCUUGCAAAUGUACUGUAUGACUGAACCAUAUAUUGAAUACAAUUUGAUUCAAUAAAAAGAUUGCUCUUUAUUUUAA